UUGCGAGGGCCGGCGCCGGCGUUGGCGUUGCUCGGCCAAAGCCCCGACCGCGAGCCGGACGGAUGAGUUUGAUGGGGAGACGCCUAGAAGCGGCGAGAUGUCUCUUGAUUUGGAAGACAGCGAACAUGACUUCCAGACCAGCACAAGCUCUUUGUACAAGUCAAAGAAUCCGACGAUCCAAGUAGAGAAACCACUCCGUGAGGAACCGGGGGCGAACCAGUAUGUUUUCGGCAAGCCCAAAGACCAUUGGAAUGCUACCUAUAUUAUUUUCUUCCUCCUUGGGACCAACUCUCUCUUACCCUUAAACUUUAUCAUCACUGCAAAGCAUUACUGGAUGUACAAGCUCCAGAACUGCUCAGAAAACAUUUCUCCCGAAGACCAGGGAUCCUCCGAUAUCCGUAAUUUCUUUGAAAGCUACAUUUCUGUGGCUUCCACUGUGCCUUCGGUCCUGAGCUUGAUUGGGAACUUCCUGCUAGUCAACAAGGUUUCUGUCAACGUCCGAAUACUCUCCUCCUUGGCUGUCAUGCUGGCCAGUUUUCUGGUGAUUACAGUGCUGGUCAAAGUGGACACUUCAGCUUGGACACUGUGGUUUUUUAUCAUCACCGUUGUUUGUGUGGCCGUCAUCAGCAGUGCUGCCACCAUCUUCAUCAGUAGCAUCUUUGGCUUGUCAGGAUCUUUUCCCAUGAGGAAUUCCCAGGCACUGAUUUCAGGUCAGGCCAUGGGAGGAACGGUGAGUGCCUUGGCCUCAGUGGUGGAUCUGGCAGCAGCAUCAGAAGUCACAAACAGCGCUCUGGCCUACUUCCUGUUCGGGGAUGUCUUCAUUGUUUUGUGCAUUGUGAUGUAUCUGAUUCUUCCCAAGCUGGAGUAUGCCAGGUAUUAUACUGCAACGUUCUCACCAAAUGCUUUGCCCGGCAGUUGCUUGGAGGAAGAGGACAUGGCAGCAGAUAAUCCCAGCCCGCUCUUGCCAAACAGAAACUAUACGGAUGAAAUCCCUCCUCUGUGGCUCAUCUUGCAGAAGAUCGGCAUGUUAGGUUUCUGCGUCUUCUAUGUCUACUUCAUCUCGAUCACCAUUUUCCCUGCGGUCUCGUCCAGCAUCGAGUCUGUAAACAAGUUCUCAGGGAGCCCGUGGACAAAUAAAUACUUCACACCUCUCACUAGUUUCCUUCUGUACAAUUUUGCUGACUGGUGCGGACGGCAGAUCACCGCGUGGGUCCAGGUUCCUGGACCACAAAGCAAGUGGCUACCAACCAUGGUUCUGCUGAGAACUUUGUUCAUCCCCGUUUUCAUGUUAUGCAACUUUCAGCCUCGCGCGCACAUUGCAAAAGUCGCCUUUGCCCAUGAUGUGUACCCGAUGGUGUUUAUCGUGGCCCUAGGACUCAGCAAUGGCUACCUGAGCACAUUAUCGAUUAUAUAUGGUCCCAAAGUCACUUUGAAGGAACUGUCGGAGGCAGCGGGAGUGUUGAUGAUGCUCUUCAUGCAGGUGGGGUUAGCUCUAGGAUCAGGUUUCUCCGUUCUUGUUGUCCAUCUCAUAUAGAUGGGAGAUUUCAAGCCACUUUUGGAACGUCGCUUCCACAAGGACAUUGCGAAAAAAAAGGCAAACAGCAAACACGGGCCUAUCACUGAAAUAUUCCAAUUCUUUUUCUGGCCUUUGGUUGUGCAGAAAAAGCUCGGAGAAACACCACGAAAUGCAGAAGUGAAAUUCAAAAGUAUUAUUGAAGGUCUCGGUUGUAUGCUUUUCUUUUUUUGCAAAUGAGGUUUUAUUUAGCAAUACGACUCAUGUAUCUUCGCAGGAUUAUAACAUGGAAGCUCUUGUGUUUUUCCUAGGGAGAUGAAGGAAUUACAUUCUAGUUUCCAAUGUCCUUACUAACAUCCAUCCUUUAAAUUAUUCAAAAUAAUAUACAUCCAUUUGGAGAAUUCUGCAAAGGGAUCAAUAACUCACUGACUACCUUUCAGUGUACGUUUCACAUGGCCUUUCUUAAGAGAAAUAUGCCUGUAGUACAGUGUCUGUUAAACAGUUUAAAAAUAUAACAAAUGCAGAUCAAAUAAGAAGGAUUCCCAACAGCUUUUCAUAUGAAGGGUAGCUGAGAAAUAAUUUUGGUUGAGGAACACGUACCCUUAACCAAUAAAUCUUUGCUGCAUAUUUUUCAAGGGUAAAUUUACAAGAGUGAGUGCCAAAUGAUAUUAAAAUGGGACCAACCAGGAUUUUUCAUUCAUUCUACCCUUACAUGCCACCCUUAUGUAUCCUGGAUGAAAUUGAUAGGAAUUGUAGUAUAUGCAAUACACACACACACACACACGCAUGCGCACACACACAUAUCAUUGGACAAGAACAUUAGCACAUCAGACAUUAGGAACUUCCUUUAAUGUCAGUUGUUGUUAGAUUCAUUUCUAUUUUGCAAUCUGGCUGUUGUGAAACUCUGCUAUUCAGAAAAGAGGACCACAACACAACGUGACUUAAUCAAAUUAAGGCAUCGGGUAGUAGAUUUGCUACUUUGCUAUUAAUUUUUACUUAUUUAAGGCUAAAAAUAGCAUUUAUUUUGACAUUGAAGUGUAAUCCUUUACAGAACCUAAGUAGGGCAAGCAGAUUGCAAACAUCUGAAUGACCACUGAAUAACAGCAAAGAAUUAGUGUUUUCUAUGUCUGUUUGCUGCCAUCUCAUGUUCAUUCAGGGGUUUGCAGACCAGAUGGGAGUAAUGCUAUCUUAAGUUCCUUUGAUGGCAUAUAUUUCAUUUUUACAUUCUUGAGUAAGCAUUAAGCAAUAAAAGCACUUUCUUUGGAUUUCACUACAUACGCUUUUUCACACAUUGUAAUUUCUGAUGAAUAUUACAUUUGUGUAUAGAGGAAAAGUCACUCUGUAUAAUGGCCAGUGUCUCUGGAAAUUCUCAGUCAUCCAGAUCAUGGUUGUCCCAAAGGUGAUUUUUCAAAAGGCAACUCGACUUUCUUUGUUUCUGCUUGAAGAUAUUCCACUUCUCAUCCAAGAAGCUUCUUCAGUUCUGGCUGAACUGAAGGAGAAUGAGAAGCGAAACGUCUUCAAGCAAAAACAAAGAAAGUCCAGUUGCCUUUUGAAAAAGCACCAUUGGUACCACAAUGGCCAGUGUAACAAAUCUAGAAGCUUCUAUCAGCCUGGAAAGAAAAAUGAUUGUGCUGAUCAGAUUUGAUGAUAUAUACAGUCAAUAUCCUUGUAUGAAAUCUGCAUGUGUGAAGUAAGUGGAUUGGAUGAUUGAGGAAAAUGUGAAGCAUCGUUUUUAAUAUAGGUCUGUAGUCAUGAAGUAUAAUUUCUGUCCCGUUUUCUUCCUAAAACCUGUCUACAGAGAUUUUUGACCAUGCAAAUUUUACACAAAUGCAUCCAACUUCUAAAAGAACAAUAUAAUCUCAGUGGCAUCUUGCCACCACCUCAUCUAGACUUCGCACAAUCAGAUCUUUCCAGAUAUGUGAGGUUUGUAAAUCCAUGAGUUGCAGCUUGCAUAAUUCUCUAUAAGGUCAGUAGCCCGGUACAUCUGGAGGACAAUACAGUGUGGAAAGCUGAUGUAAACGAUGCUUUGUGUAAGAUUCUAUUGUCUAGCUUGUUUGUAAAUGCACUCGUCUCUUUUUCAGUUUUGGAGCUUGCAUUGGAAAUGUAUUUCUACCCCAUUGGUCAAGAUUUAAUUUUUUGGGGGGGAGGGGGAGGAAUUGUUAAUUCCAAAACAUGGUACAAUAUAAUGUAAGUCUGGGGGCUGGUAUGUUUGUUGUGAUAUAACAAGUAUUGAAAAGAUUU